AUGGGAGAAAAAAAAGAUGAAGGGAAGAAGGAAGAAAAAAAAGAGAAAAAAGAUGAAGGCAAAAAGGAAGACACAAAUGAUGAAGAGAAGAAAGAAGAAAAACAAGAUGAAGAAAAGCAUGACGAGGAGGGUAAUGAAGUAGUUGAUUAUUCAAAUGUGGAGGUGCCAUCUUCCUUACAAUCCCUUUGUGGUUAUGUGGAAACUACACUAAAGCCACAGGGGAAGAUCAUGACCUUCAACAUUGAGAAGGAGGUGUUUGGUGCAGAUCGAAGUACCUUCGUCUUGCAUGAAGAUAUUACACAGUUUGCAGGCAUGGAAGAAAUUGGGGCUACUGUGGUUGCAGUAUAUAUGAGGUGCUUAUAUGAUCUUUUGAGAGAAGCAAAUAUGUGCAGCAUGGUUGGCUUUAUCGACCCUGCUCAAGUUAGUGCCAACGCUGGGUCACUAACUGACAGAUCACGAAUUGUAGCCAGUCGACUUCAGAAAACAGAUGGUGAACAGAUUUUCAUGAUGCCUUACAAUCCAGGCCGUCAUUGGGUCUUGCUGAUUGUGAGGGCAAAGAGGGAAACCGUCUAUUUUCUGGAUCCUCUGCCUGGAAAUCGUGUGGUUGAUGAGGAGGGCAAAAACAUCGUGAACAGUGCUUUAAAAAUUUAUAAUUCCCACAUAGGCAGACCAGGCCGUAAAGCACCAAUUUGGAAAACUCUGCCAGGCACACCAAAGCAACCCAGCAGUGUCGAAUGCGGGUAUUAUGUGAUGCGCUUCAUGAGGGACAUCAUCAUGGAUCCUUCCUUGGAGUUUGAGAAGAAGUUUGCCAAGGGAAAAGAUCAAGCGCCAUACCCCCAAGCAGCCAUUGAUGAAGUCAGGAAAGAAUGGGCAGAGUUUGUUUGCCUUCAUAUGGAUUAG